AAGUAGUGGGGCAUUAGUAAAUUGCCACGUUGACUAUAUCUUAUUAAUUUCCUUCCAUCGACCCCAAACCCAAUCCAUACUCUCCCUGAAGAACUCUCUCUCUGUAUUUAACUCUCUCUCUGUAUUUAAGUCCCACCCAAAUCAUCCGAUCCGACCUCCACAUUUCCCCUAAACAAUGGCGUCCCGUCUGUUCCUUCUCUCCGCCGUCCUCCUCCUCCUCACCUUCUCCGCCGUCCCUUCCUCCGCGGACGAUGACGACUGCGUCUACACGCUGUUCAUCCGGACCGGAUCCAUCUUCAAGGGCGGGACCGACUCCGUGAUCGGCGCGUGGCUGUACGACACGAGCGGAUACUACCUCAAGAUCUCAGAUCUGCAAUCCUGGGGCGGGCUGAUGGGCCCCGGGUACAACUACUACGAGAGGGGCAAUCUCGACAUUUUCAGCGGCAGGGCGCCCUGCCUCACCGCCCCGAUCUGCGCCCUCAACCUCACCUCCGACGGUUCCGGGGACCACCACGGCUGGUACUGCAACUACGUCGAGACCACCGUCACCGGCGUCCACGCCACCUGCAGCCAGCAGACCUUCACCGUCGAGCAGUGGCUCGCCACCGACACCUCGCCCUACGAGCUCUCCGCGGUCAGGAACUUCUGUCCCUACGAUCUGUCCGCCCCGGGGAAGACCCGCGACGUGAUGAGGAGCUCCGUCGCCGGCGGGAGGGCCGCCUCCGCGGUGUUGCGACAGGUGGUGGAUGCUAAUUAGCUUAGCUGGACUCCGGUUUUGGUGUAUUAUUGAUCCCGAUGUGCUGGGAGUAAUUUAUCGGAUGUGGCCGGUAGUAGUAUCGACUCUGUGUACUUAUUUUCGGUGAUGUUGGGUUGAUGACUUGAUGUCUGAUGAUGAUCUUCCAUCGGAGUUCUAGUCUGUUUUUUACCGCUCACGUUUGAGUGGGUAAAAUUAGUUUGAUAAUAAUGAGAAAAUAAUGCAUCCAGCUACUUAUUUAUACAAAAUAGGUCAUUCUCGCAAUAUUAUUUCAGUCCCUAAGUUAUAUUUUUCAUUCGGGAAUACAAUAAAUUUCACUAGGACAC